CUGAAAAAAAUGACGACUGAUAGAUGUACUGCUCCAUCUUUCUCUAUUUAAGUCGUAAUCUUCUAGUCAAUAUCGAUCCAACUUCUCUCUCUCUCUCGCACACUAUUCUUUGUUUUUGUCUUCUUCUUCUCCUUCGCCUGCAAUUUCUACGAAUCAUCCUCUCUCGUCGUUCUUCUUUACAUGUCGGCUAAUUCUGGGCCUAUAACUAUUUCAAUGUCCGACUUCGUGAUCUAGUGAGAUCAGAAUCACUUGCGAAUUCUUCAGGGGUUUUGAAGAAGUUUCUCUACUCUUCUGGGACGUGGGAACAAGGUUUAGUCUGCAAGGAUGGCUACAAAUUCUACAAAAGCUUGUCCUGCUCCGAUGAAAGCAACCUCUAAUGGAGUUUUCCAAGGAGAUAACCCUAUAGACUUUGCGUUACCUCUUGCGAUUCUGCAGAUAGUUAUUGUUAUAGUUCUCACUCGUGUUCUUGCUUACCUUUUAAGACCUUUGAGACAGCCUCGUGUUAUUGCUGAAGUUAUUGUAAGUUUUUUUUCUUUUGUCAAUUUCUUGACUCUUGAUCAGUACUGUUUUUUUGGUGAAUGAUUUAGUCUGUUGAUUUGCAGGGUGGGAUUAUGCUUGGACCUUCUCUUCUUGGUCGUUCCAAGGCUUUUCUAGACGCUGUGUUCCCGAAGAAAAGCUUGACUGUUCUUGAAACUCUGGCUAAUCUCGGCCUUCUCUUCUUCCUUUUCCUUGCUGGUCUAGAGAUUGAUACCAAAGCCCUUCGUCGCACCGGGAAAAAGGCUUUGGGAAUUGCCUUGGCUGGAAUAACCCUCCCGUUUGCUCUUGGCAUUGGUUCUUCAUUCGUUUUAAAAGCAACAAUCUCCAAAGGAGUGAAUAGUACCGCGUUUCUCGUCUUCAUGGGUGUGGCACUCUCUAUCACUGCAUUCCCUGUGUUGGCCCGUAUCUUAGCGGAGCUAAAGCUUCUAACUACUGAGAUAGGACGACUUGCUAUGUCGGCAGCUGCCGUUAACGAUGUGGCAGCUUGGAUUCUACUUGCUCUAGCCAUUGCUCUCUCGGGAUCCAAUACCUCUCCCCUUGUCUCUCUCUGGGUUUUCCUUUCCGGGUGUGCUUUUGUUAUCGGUGCGUCUUUCAUCAUUCCACCAAUCUUUAGAUGGAUUUCCCGGAGGUGCCACGAGGGAGAACCUAUCGAGGAAACCUACAUCUGUGCCACUUUGGCUGUAGUUCUUGUUUGUGGAUUCAUAACUGAUGCCAUUGGAAUCCACUCCAUGUUUGGUGCCUUUGUGGUGGGUGUUUUGAUUCCAAAGGAAGGACCUUUUGCUGGUGCACUAGUUGAGAAGGUGGAAGAUCUUGUAUCCGGUCUCUUCCUGCCGCUUUACUUUGUGGCAAGUGGUCUGAAAACUAAUGUGGCAACGAUCCAAGGAGCUCAGUCUUGGGGUCUUCUGGUUUUAGUCACCGCCACAGCUUGUUUCGGUAAGAUAUUGGGCACUCUCGGUGUUUCCCUCGCCUUCAAGAUACCUAUGCGAGAAGCAAUAACAUUAGGAUUCCUCAUGAACACUAAAGGAUUGGUCGAACUCAUCGUCCUCAACAUCGGAAAAGAUCGAAAGGUUCUUAAUGAUCAGACAUUUGCCAUAAUGGUUCUAAUGGCUCUCUUCACAACCUUCAUCACCACACCAGUCGUAAUGGCAGUCUACAAACCAGCGAGAAGAGCGAAGAAAGAAGGAGAAUACAAACACAGGGCAGUAGAACGAGAGAACACAAACACACAGCUUCGAAUCCUCACAUGUUUCCACGGAGCAGGAAGCAUUCCUUCAAUGAUAAACCUCCUAGAAGCAUCAAGAGGUAUCGAAAAAGGCGAAGGGCUCUGCGUUUACGCUCUCCACUUACGGGAACUAUCAGAGAGAUCAUCAGCUAUUCUAAUGGUUCAUAAAGUUCGGAAAAACGGAAUGCCGUUUUGGAACAGAAGAGGAGUAAACGCAGACGCUGAUCAAGUAGUAGUUGCUUUCCAAGCUUUUCAACAGCUAAGCAGAGUCAAUGUCCGACCAAUGACAGCAAUCUCUUCAAUGUCUGAUAUUCAUGAAGAUAUCUGCACAACAGCUGUAAGAAAAAAAGCAGCCAUUGUGAUUCUUCCGUUUCACAAGCAUCAACAGCUUGAUGGUUCGUUAGAGACUACACGUGGCGAUUACCGUUGGGUUAACCGGAGAGUUUUGCUUCAAGCUCCUUGUUCGGUUGGUAUAUUCGUUGACCGUGGACUCGGAGGUUCAAGUCAAGUCUCAGCUCAAGAUGUUUCUUACUCUGUUGUUGUUCUGUUCUUCGGUGGUCCUGAUGAUCGUGAAGCGUUGGCUUAUGGAUUACGUAUGGCGGAGCAUCCCGGAAUUGUUUUGACUGUUUUCCGAUUUGUGGUAUCGCCGGAGAGAGUCGGAGAGAUUGUUAAUGUUGAAGUGAGUAACAAUAACAACGAGAAUCAGAGUGUGAAGAAUCUGAAAUCGGAUGAGGAGAUUAUGUCUGAGAUAAGGAAGAUAUCUUCGGUGGACGAAUCGGUUAAGUUCGUGGAGAAACAGAUUGAAAACGCCGCCGUGGAUGUUAGAUCGGCGAUUGAGGAAGUGCGGCGGAGCAAUUUGUUUUUGGUUGGUAGAAUGCCAGGUGGAGAAAUUGCAUUGGCGAUUAGGGAGAAUAGUGAAUGUCCGGAGCUUGGACCUGUAGGAAGCUUGUUGAUUUCGCCGGAAUCUUCGACAAAAGCAUCGGUUUUGGUGAUUCAGCAGUACAACGGCACCGGAAUAGCUCCGGAUUUGGGUGCGGCUGAGACGGAGGUAUUGACUUCUACGGAUAAAGACUCUGAUUGAAUGAAUCAUUGGUUAAAAACAAGAACGGUUCGGUUCGGGUCAGGGGUUGGUUUACCAUAGUUAGUGAAAAGUUGGUUAAUGAAUACGGUUUAAUCAAAAUGACUGUACUUGGCUUUCACUGUUUCAUCUUUUCUUUCUUUUUUGUCGUCACUGUUCAUCUUUAAGUUUUUUUGCUUUUGAAAGUAAAUGGUUAAAUGAUGACAAAAAAAAAAAUAAUGGUUGUUGUAAAAAAAGUUAUCUACUUUAAUCGGA